AGGAAGGAGUGGCAGAGGGACGCGGCAAGGAGGAGGAGGAGGAAGAAGAAGAAGCGGGGCCUCACAGCCCCUCCGGAGUUGUGGGCUGCCCCCAGACUCCCCCUCCAGUUCGCUGCCAUGGCCAAGAGCACCUCGCUGUACUGCCGGCUGGUGGAGGGGAAGGAGCUGCCUGCCAAGGACGUCUCUGGCUCCAGUGAUCCCUACUGCGUGGUCAAGGUGGACGAUGAGGUGGUUGCCAGAACAGCCACGGUGUGGAGAAGCCUGAACCCAUUUUGGGGCGAGGAGUUCACCCUGCGCCUGCCCAGCGGCUUCCACAGCCUCACCAUCUAUGUGCUGGAUGAAGACACCAUCGGGCACGAUGAUGUGAUCGGCAAAGUGUCACUGAGCCGCCAGCAGAUCUCAGCACAGCUGCGGGGCAUUGACAGCUGGCUCAGCCUGGUGCCUGUGCACCCUGACCAGGAGGUGCAGGGUGAGAUCCACCUGGAGGUGAAGAUGCCUGAGCAGGGCCACCCGCGGGUGCUGCGCUGCCACCUCAUUGCAGCCAGGGACCUGGCCCCCCGGGACCCCUCAGGCACAUCAGACCCUUUCGUCCGGGUGUCGUGCUGUGGGCACACGCAGGAGACAGCCGUGAUUAAGAAGACCCGCUUCCCUCACUGGGAUGAAGUGCUGGAGUUCGAGCUGGCAGAGGAUGAGCCAGGAGACAGCAUGCUGAGUGUGGAGGUGUGGGACUGGGACAUCGUGGGCAAGAAUGACUUCCUGGGACAGGUAAAGGUCCCCCUGGAUGCGUCGGGUCCCAUGGAGGGCUGGUUCCAGCUCCUGCCCUUCCCCAGCAGCACCGAGGAGCCAAGGGGACAGCUGGGCUCCCUGCGGCUGACGGUGCGGCUGCUGGAGGACAGAGUCCUGCCCCAGCACUGCUACCAGCCCCUCAUCCAGCUCCUGGCCGAGCCCCUCCGCUCCCCAGGCCAGCCCGCAGCCAGCACGGCUCUGGCUGUCCUGGAGGAGGUGACCUCAGGGGACAGCAGGCAGGAUGUGGCCACCAAACUGGUGAAGGUCUUCCUGGCUCAGGGUCUGGCUGUGCCCUUCCUGGACUACGUCAUCACCCGCGAGCUGACCAGAACCACGGACCCCAAUACCCUUUUCCGCUCCAACUCUUUGGCCUCCAAGUCCGUGGAGCAGUUCUUGAAGGCAGUGGGGCUGCCCUACCUGCAUGCGGUCCUGAAGCCGGUGGUGAACCGCAUCUUCGAGGAGAAGAAGUACGUGGAACUGGACCCCUGCAAGAUGGAGCUGAGCCGUGGCAGGAGGAUUUCCUUCAAGGGGUCCCUGUCAGAAGCCCAGGUGCGAGACAGCAGCCUGGAGCUGCUGCAGGGCUACCUGGGGGACAUGGUGGAUGCCAUCGUGGGCUCGGUGGACAAGUGCCCCCUCCUGAUGAGGGUGGCCUUCAAGCAGCUCCGCAGGCGGGUGGAGGAGCGCUUCCCCUCACCGCAGCACGAGGAGGUGCAGUACGUUGCCAUCAGUGGGUUCCUCUUCCUCCGUUUCUUCGCCCCUGCCGUCCUCACCCCGAAGCUCUUUGGCCUGAGGGAGCAGCAUGCUGAGCCCCGCACUGGGCGCACGCUCUUGCUGCUCGCCAAGGCGCUGCAGAGCAUUGGCAACCUGGGACUGCAACCGGGCAAGGAGCCCUGGAUGGCCCCACUGAACACCGUCCUGCUGCCCAGCAUCACUCGUGUCAGAGCCUUCCUGGACAGCCUCAUCGAGGUGGACAGCACGCAGGCAGGCGAGGGGAUGGUGUCAGUGGCACCUUUCAGUCCCUCGGCCACAGUCAAGGAGGGUUUCCUGCACGCACGGGAGGCCGAGGAGCCCUCCCUGCUGCCCCGCUUCGCCUUCAAGAAGCGGUACUUCUGGCUCAGUGCCCAGGCUCUGUCCUACUCCAAGUCCCCCGAGUGCCAGGUGGUGGCACAGGAUGGCACCGGGCAGCUGCGCACCACCUACAUCCAGUGUAAGAGCGCACCAGAGCUGUGGCAGUGGCUGUGGGCUCUGCGCCAGGCCAGCAGUGCCAAUGGGGCCAUGCUGCCCACCUGCCACCCCGGCACCUUCCGCACCGCCCGCUGGACCUGCUGCCUGCAGCCCAACCGUGCCGCUCCUGGCUGCAGCCGGACCCACAGCGCGGUGGCACUGGAUGAGUGGAGUGACCCCCUGGACCCUGCGGCAGCGGCACAGAGCCUCUAUGGGCACCUCCAGCGUGCAGGGACACGGCUGUGGGAGGCGGUGGGAGAAUCCGAGGGCAGCGUGGCAGUGCAGAGCCCAGAGCUGAAGCUUGGAGGUGGAGCCGUCGCGGAGCGGCUGCGGGCGGUGCUGCGCGAUCUGGAUGCGGCCCACGAAGCCUUCGCUCGCGUUGACGGGGUGUCGAACCCUCCCACGGCCACGGAGACGGACGCGGCCACGGCCACGUGA